AUGGUCUCCCCUUCAACUGCUUCAAUUUCUGCUGUGAGUAGUGUCUCUCCUCUCGCGACGACGAGGAGGAGCAAUAACACAACCCCUACCAUCCGCACCUCCUCAAAGUCCUCCUCCUCAAAAUCCUCUUCGCAUUUGUUUUCUUUUUCUUCGGGGUCUGUUCGAGGGAAGAGAAUCAAAUUAUUAAGAACAACAACAACAACAAAAGAACGCCAAGUCGUAACAAAGACAUCCAGUCAGCAAAAAUUUAUAUCACCAUUGUUUGAGUUGGCGGCGAAGAAAACGCCGGCAACUGCGGUGGUUGCCGCGAAACCAGUCGCCAUGUGCGCGGCGGUAGCGGCGAGUUUGUCGGCGGCAAGUCCACUGGCGUUUCCGGUGUUUACCGCGGCGGCAAUUUUACCCGUCACUUUGGCGUACAUUAACCCGGUGUAUUCUUUCAGCGUCGGGUACGGUCUCUCGGUCGCGGCGAGCGCGGGAAUAUUGUUGAAAUCAGCAAGCAUCAGUGGAAUUCUUUUACCUGAACUCUGUCAGCUGCACAUAUUGGGAGGUUUACUCUACGGUUUACGAUUGGGCAUCUUCUUAGCCAUUCGCUCGAAGACGUGGAAGGACUGGGGGAAGAAGGCGAAGGCGUCGCCCGAGGCGCAGAACAGCAAGUCCUUUUUGCAAAAAACGAUGGUCAUCGUAGGGUGUGGGUUUAUUUACGCCUUGAUGGCUUCUCCCAUGCUUUUCCACUAUCAACACGCGAACGUGGUCGCGCACCACGAGAUUUUGAAGGCUGGCGUUGUCAUGCAAUACGUCGGGUUGGUGUUAGAAGCGGUUGCGGACCAAUGGAAAUAUUUCCAUUAUCAAAAGAACGAAGGCAAGUUUUGCCAAACAGGCCCUUACGCGUUUUGCAGACACCCGAACUAUUUGGGCGAAAUUCUCUUUUGGCUCGGGUUAUACGUCGCCGGCGUGCCUGCUAUGUUGACGAAAUGGUCCACGUUCAUUCCGGCUUCCAUCGGAUGCGCGUUCAUUUUGUUUUUGAUGACCAUGGCGAGUAAACGAGGCGAUAAGAACGCUCUGGAGAAGUACGGCGAUGCGCCUGGGUAUAAAGAGUACAGAGAGAAGAGCUGCUCGCUCGUCCCUGGGUUUUAG